GCGAGAAUCACGAAUGUUAUAUAGAUAUUUCCUCCUAUAGCUUUAUUUAUUUGCUGUUGCUGUUUGGAAUUGUCUAAUUAUGAACGCAUUGCGUCACGAUGAAUCGGUUCAGAAGACCAACGAUUUCAGCAGUGUUAGCAAAUGCUCCAUGACUGCAGCUGGAUACAUGAAAGACGAAUUUAUGCAGCACUUUGUGGCGAAGAAAGUUCGCAGAACGCCUUUGAUCAACAGGGGCUACUUUGUCCGGAUGCACGCAGUGCAUUCUGUGAUUGAUACCUUUCUGGAGGCGAUCAGCGGAGGCGCAUUCACUAACCGAGAUGCUUCCGUGAAUUCUGGGACGGGCUAUGCUCAUAACUGCAGUAUCAUUGUUCUUGGAGCUGGGUAUGACACGCUGUACUUCCGCUUGGAGAAAACCAGCGUGAAAAUAAUUGAUAUAGAUUUCUUGGAAGUGGCCUCCAAUAAAGCUAAAAUGAUUCUGAACACCCCGGAAAUGCGAGAAAAAUUAUCGUCUGUCACUCUGGAUAUGCCGGAGAAGCAUGAAGGCUUUAGCUUAACGUUAUCAUCAGAUAAUUACGUUAUAGUGGGGAUGGAUUUGCGUAACUGCUCUCAGUUUGUGAAUUUAAUUGAUCACCUAAAGCUGAACUGUGAUGCGCCUACCAUGAUUAUAUCGGAAGUGGUUCUAACUUACAUCCCUGAGUCCCAUAAUCUGUUGCAGUGUCAAAAGAUUCUGAUGACGCUGGCCAGUUUUUUUUCGACUGCGGUUUUCUUCAACUACGAACAGGUACAACCUGAGGAUUCUUUUGGGAAGUUCAUGCUGCAGCAUUUCCGCAACCAAGGCUCCCCUCUACAAAAUACUGAACUGUACCCAACUGCUGCUUCGCACGAAAACCGGCUUAUUAAUUGUAAUUGGCAAAGAUCCCUUGCAUUAAGCGUUAUGCAAUACUGGAGAGACCAUAUUUCUUCACAAGAGAAAUCCAAAGUCUCAAAUCUGGAACCGUUCGACGAAUUCGAAGAAUUUUAUGAAAAAUGUCGCCAUUAUGUUAUUAGUUUGGCUGCUAAUGGCGGUGGUGCCUGCGUACUUGAUAAAUAUUCGCAAUCGCCCCAUAAGACUCACAAUCCGGAAAAUCAAGGAAUUAAAUAUCUUCCAUGUUUAGCAGCUCCUAGCGCUUUUAUGGCCUACAGUCAUAGUUCCGGCGUGGUUAAAUUGUUAACCGCUGAUGGAUCGCAACAAAUCGUAAUCGUUUUGGUGGGGGGAAUCAGUCCGCAGUCGACCGCGCCCGGCGCCGCAGCGGAAAUGGAUGCCCUGCAAAUUACCGACGGUAUCUGGGCUGUAUGGAUUCCCAGCCGCAUGUUGGAUUCGGAUUUUAUUCGUCCGCUCGUUCAUCAUGGAAUAUAUCGAUGUGCUGAAAAUGAACUACAUGUGAUUGGGGGUCGUACAUCUCCAGGGAAAUCGAACUAUCGAAUUUACCGACUGAGAUUUGACUGCAUUCGUUCUACGAAGUUGGAACUGCGAGUAGCAGUAUUUAUUGACACCAUUGAUUCCAAUGUGACUGAUGCUCCUAUCACUUUUAUGCAAAGAACAUCUGCGGCUGUAUUACAUCAGGAAGGAGUUGAUAACGGUAUCGUAAUACUUUGCUCAAGUUCCUUACCACGCCAAGGAACAUCACUCUGCGCAGCUCACAGUAGACUUGCUGCGACGUUUACGCCUCUGCGAUCCUGUGCUGGACAGUGUCCUUUACAGUAUCCCUCACUUUCUGGUGGAUGUAACCGCAUUCUUUUUUCUGGAGGAAUGAAGGAGAACAAAGCGGUGUCUGAUAUUUUGGAGUUACGUCUGGACAAAUCCACCGGCAUCAUGAAUGUGGGCAUUCAUGAAUGUGGGCAUCUUGGGCGCGCACGAUUUGGUCACACCAGCCACACAUGGGAAAAUUUCUUGAUCGUUAUUGGGGGUGUAAGCGAUGACGCAGAUGCCGCGCUUCCGGAUCUGACAGUUUAUGACAUAGAAAACCGGUGCGAGUGGAAUUUUCAGCUCCAGCUGACUCCGGACUGUCUUUUGAUGUUGUUCCAUCAUUCAAGCGUAUUGCUGGAAGAUUUUCGUACAAUCGUGAUUACUGGCGGCGGUGGAAAUUGCUUUUCUUUUGGAACUCAUUUCAAUUCAUGUUUCUGUGUCAUAGAUUUGGACGAUUUGUUAAAGUUGUGUAGAAAUAAAUAACUCGGCAAUCGACGUUUGUGCCAGAGGAGCUUCUUUGACAUAAAGGCGUACUGUAUAAGAUUAUGGAUAGAAGGAUACACGUUAUAAUAUUUUUAUAUAAAGUAAAAUCCUAUGGGUCAGUGAAGUCGUAUUUGCUUCCGU